UCAACGAUAUUCAACUUCCAAGGCAUCAACUUCCCUAUGACGUUGGACCAGAUUGGGAAAUUUGAGAAGAUGAAUAAUCUCUCAAUCAAUGUCUAUAGCGAGAAGGAGGAAGUCAUUCUACCAGUCCGCGUGAGCAAGGAGAAGAAAGAGCGACACUUCAACUUGCUUUACAUCGAAGACGUGUCGGGAUGUGGAAUUGGACACUUCGCGUGGAUCAAGAAUUUAUCCCGGCUCGUUAACUCACAGCUCAAUUCUGAUGGGCACAAGAAAUACAUCUGUGAUCGAUGCCUUCAUUACUUCCCAACCAUUGAUAAGCUGCAGUUCCAUGAGGUGGAUUGUGGCGUUAUCAACGAUUGUGCCGUUCGACUACCAGCUGAGAACGACAAAUGGUUGGAGUUUACCAAUGCCAAUCGGAAGGAGCGUCUCCCGUUCGUGGUAUACGCCGACCUCGAAUGCAUCUUGGAGAAGACCAGCGCUGAAGAAAGGGAGAAAAAUAAGAUUGCUACCUUGGAAAACAAUAUUCCAACGAAAAAGCUGAUUGAACUUAAGGUAGGGAUUGAUCAUCCAAUUCAUCAUAUUCGAUCGGUGAAAACCAAAUUUGGAAAACGUUACAUCGCUAACAUCGGAGACCAAUUUACGGUCUUUUUACCGGGGAGACUUUACGAGGCCUUCGACCAAAACGAGGACGAAUUCGAAAAGCUGUUGGAGACGGCUUAA